CCCUCCUCUGGCUCUUUUCUCUUCUCUUACAUCUUACAUGACCUGAAUUUGUGCGCAGGCUGCAACGAAUGAGUUCCCAUGACGCGGUCAAGCAUGACAAGCAGAGUCUACACUACAUCGUACGCUCCGGACUGGCGGGGGGGAUUGCAGGCUGCGUCGCAAAGACGGUGGUUGCGCCACUUGACAGAGUCAAGAUCCUCUUCCAGGCAUCCAACCCUGACUUUCGCAAAUACGCCGGAACAUGGAGUGGCGCGUUCAGUGCUGGUUCACAGAUCUACAGAGAGAACGGAGUUAUGGGGCUCUUCCAGGGCCACUCUGCGACCCUACUGCGUAUCUUCCCGUACGCGGCCAUUAAGUUCAUGGCGUAUGACCAAAUAGAACAUAUAUUAAUGCCUACAAGAGCACAACAAACUAACAUGCGAAGAUUCCUCGCGGGGGCACUGUCUGGAAUGACAUCUGUACUAUUCACUUAUCCUCUAGAUCUCAUUCGCGUCCGCAUGGCUUACCACACUCGAUCGACCAACAAUGGCCGCCUUUCUAAACCUACAUUCCUUCAAGCUGCGUCUGAAGUCUACCGUGAAGCUCCAAAGGCGCCGUCCUCAUCCCCAUCCCCUACUGCCUCCACAUUAUUCACACGCUUCCCUGUCCUCAAGUUCUAUCGCGGCUUUACAGUCACUCUUACAGGCAUGGUGCCCUACGCCGGCACGUCCUUCCUCACCUGGGGCUUCCUCCGCGCCCAAUUUAUACCCCCGUCACCCGACGGCACGGGCACGAAGCGCCACCCGACGCCCAUUGCCGACCUUAUCAUCGGUGCCGUAGCGGGUACUGUCUCCCAGACAGCCUCCUACCCGUUUGAGGUCGUUCGCCGACGCAUGCAGGUCGGCGGUCUCACUCACCCGGACCGUUGGAUGCGAUGGGGCGAGACCGUGGGCACGAUUUGGCAGCAGAAGGGCUGGCGCGGGUUUUACGUUGGCCUCAGCAUCGGAUACCUUAAGAUCGUACCGAUGACGGCUGUGAGUUUUGCGGUGUGGCAAUGGGGGAAGCGGAUUCUCGGCGUUUAACGUUGUAUCUAAACUUGAGUAAUCUCAUAAUGUAUAGCAUC